AUGUCCUCUCAACGCUCUUCUGCACAUCAAAAAGCAAAAGCAGCUAUUACCUUGUCUUCUCAGGCUCAGAAGAAGGCUGCUGGAGAUACAGCCAGUGCUGGUAAACAGAAGGACAAACCCAAGUCAGCUCCUGCACAAACAUCCAGGGCCCCUUCUUCUUCUAGUUCAAGUAAAAAGGCCAGUGCUGAAAUGGCCAAGUAUCAGGCCAUGUCACGAGCUUUUGAGGCACAAGCUGUUGCUGCCAAGGAGAAGGAAGACGAGAAUGCAUGUAAAAGAAAUCAAGCUAUGAUUGACGCUGAAGAAGGCAAUGAAGAUGAAGAUGCUGCUAUACCUCAUAAAAAGAAGGCGAAAAAGAAGACUUCAGUCAAGGACACCUUUCUUGACCCUGAAGAAGAGGCUCUCACUUCCAGUCUUCAUUUGCCUACUCAGGUAGAGCCUGAGCCUGAGCCUGAGCCCAAGCAGGAGUCCAGAGUCGAUGUGGACCUUAGUCUCUCAAGCCCUCGUGCUAGCUCUCCUUAUAGUGGUAUAGGUACCAGUGUAUCUUCUAAGUGGUGGCAUUAUGAGGCCAUUGGAUGUGGUGUUAGCCAGGAUCCCAAUGCGGAGUGGACUGAGAGUGAGCAUCAAGCUUUCCAGGCCCACUUAAACAAAUUGAACAAUAUGAUCGUCAAAGAUAUCACCAUGGAAAAGGCUCAAGACAGUGCUCCUCCUCCUCAGUCUCAAUACCCAGCAACCCCUACUAAGAAGUCCAGUGGCAGGAUCCUGGAGGGAGACUUUACACCCCGUUCUCAGACUCUCGCCAUUGCUGGGAAGACUUACAUGAGAACCCAUGUUGUCUUUGGCGAUAUCUAUCCUCCUCCAGAUGCUAUUAGUUGUUCUACUUUUAAUUGGGAAGUUGUGAAGGAGGCCGUCAAGAACUCAAAGGAUGAAGCCUUGAAGGAGACCUUGAAGUGUGUUGCAAAGGAUGGCAAAGUUAAAAAGGAUGUCAUGGCCUUCAUUACUUAUGGUCAAACUGCCAUGCUCUCCACUAUCAUAAGCAGCACUCAAAGUAAGGUGGUCUCCAACUACCGUCUUCAUGGAGUGAAAGGGGAGAUCAAGGACCAUGUCCGCUGGCUUCUCGUGGAAGCAAACUUUAUGUAUGGUGGAAUAGAUAUAGAGAAACGAACAUUGGAUCCUACAAAGCCCUUUGGAGCCCCCAUGAUUGAAGAAAUACUCAAAGUCUUGUGGUUCACUCCAUCAACACGUAGCAAACUGGAUGUCGCAUCCACUAUGAGGAUGGCAAAGGACAAAACCAUUCCUGUCUCCCUUAUUCUGCUUGUUUCAACUGCGAUUCGCCAUUCCAUUAGUGAAUACAGUGAAGGAAAUCAUACCAAGGCCAGCUUCAGUGAGGAUACAUCAAAAACCCAGUAUGCCAAGCAACCUGGAACUGUUUGGAGGAGGAGGCAGUGUUAUUACUCUCUCAUCUGCCACUUUAGUCAAGGUUCCGGAAUUUCGAAGGGUUCGACCACUUCCUCAAAAGCAAAUCUGAAGAAUGUCAACAUGAGUGAGCUUGCGAAGAUGGCUGAGGAGGAUCAGGAUAUCUAG